UCCCCUCCUUCUCCAAAAACCCUUACCCAGAACCCCAGCACCAUAAAUGAUCCAAUUAUUGAUCUGGGGGUAGACCAAAGUUCAGCAGCUGACUCUGACCAAUCUUGGUUUAAGAGGCGGGGGAUAUAGAAAGGCAAGACGAUCCAUGUGUGCUUCAGUUCUGAGGAGAAGUCGGAGUCCGCAGUGGAACUUGUGCAACAGGGAACAAUCUGAACAUGGGUUCCAUUAAACCUGCGUCCCUGGGGCCGCCGUCCGGGGCCCAGGCUCUGCUCGCUGGGGUCUCCCUGACCGUGGCCCUGCUCGUCAUCCUGUUGGUCCGCCAGCUCAGCAAACAGAGAAGACCCCCGGGCUUCCCUCCUGGUCCAUCUCCCAUUCCUGUGAUAGGGAACAUUAUGUCUCUGGCAACCGAACCGCACGUUUUCCUCAAGAAGCAGAGCGAGAUUCACGGAAAGAUCUUCAGCAUUGAUCUUGGAGGUAUUAUGACUGUGGUGUUAAAUGGAUAUGAUUGCAUCAGGGAAUGCCUCUACCAUCAAGGUGAAGUGUUUACUGAUCGCCCGUCCCUGCCAUUGUUCCAGAAAAUGACCAAAAUGGGUGGACUUCUCAAUUGCAAAUACAGCAAAGCCUGGGUGGAUCACCGUAAACUGGCCUGCAACUCUUUCCGUUACUUCAGCAGCAGCCAGAGAAUGUUUGAGAAAAAGAUCUCAGAGGAGUGCAUGUUCUUCGUUGACGCCAUUGAUGAGCACAAAGGAAAACCCUUCAACCCCAAACACCUGGUGACCAAUGCAGUUUCCAACAUCACCAACCUCAUCAUCUUUGGUCAGCGUUUUACCUACGACGACCGCAACUUCCAGCACAUGAUAGAGUUAUUUAGUGAGAAUGUGGAGCUGGCAGUGAGUGGCUGGGCCUUACUCUACAACGCUUUCCCCUGGAUUGAAUAUGUGCCCUUUGGAAAACACCAGAAGCUGUUCCAUAAUGCAGCUGAGGUUUAUGACUUCUUACAGCAGGCCAUAAAGACCUUUUCACAUGGCAGGGUGCCACAUAUCCCACGGCAUUAUGUUGAUGUAUAUUUGGACGAGAUGGAGCUAAAGACAAAAGACCCCCGUUCAUGUUAUUCCCAUGAGAACCUCAUCUAUUCAGUGGGUGAACUCAUCAUUGCAGGGACAGAGACCACAACGAACACCCUGCGUUGGGCCAUGCUCUACAUGGCCCUCUACCCAAAUAUACAAGAACGAGUCCAUCAGGAAAUCGACAGAGUGAUUACCAACGGGAGGGCACCCACUUUACAGGACAAACAUAAGAUGCCUUACGUCGAGGCUGUUCUGCACGAGGUUCUACGUUUCUGCAACAUCGUCCCUCUUGGUAUCUUCCGUGCCACUUCUCAGGAUGCAAAAGUCAACGGAUACACGAUUCCGAAAGGCACCAUGGUGAUCACAAACCUCUACUCUGUGCACUUCGAUGAGAAGUACUGGAAUGAUCCCAGCGUUUUUUCACCACAGAGAUUUCUCGACAGUAAUGGGAACUUUGUGAGGCGUGAAGCCUUCCUGCCAUUUUCACUGGGAAGGCGUCAGUGCCUGGGUGAGCAGCUGGCCAGGAUGGAGAUGUUCCUCUUUUUUACCACGUUGCUCCAAAGGUUUCAUCUCCAGUUUCCUCCAGGAACAGUUCCCACUGUCACUCCCAAACUAGGCAUGACCUUACAACCCAAACCAUACUCCAUCUGUGCUGUCCGCAGGCAACAAAAAGCCCCCACUCCAUAACAUAAGUAAGGAUAUGGACAUUUGCUACAACUUAAUAACUAUUUAAAUCAGUACUUGAUGCACAGCAAUGCAACCACCCAAUACUGGUGGAAACUGUAUCAGACCAGAUUGUAGUGUCAACCGUUCCAGUUCAUUCCAGUUAGUUUUUUUUUCGGUGGAACCUGUGAUGAAGAUGGUGCUUUACAUUCGGACACGUGAAGUUAUUGCACUUGGUCGUGAAUUCUUUUACUGAGCCAUAUGCAAAUUUGCACAACACGUUAAAGAAAGGGGAGGCAACAAGAUUGAUGCUGAAAGAGCUUCCCAGAAACACUGUUUACCACUGAUUUACUGUAAUUCUCUGAAGCUCAGAAUUUCUCCGAGCCCAGAAAAUGAAAUGUCUAUGAACCCUGGUGUGGUAGCACUGGGCUACAUGUCAAUGAUUGAUAGUAAGUACACCUAUGAUGGUUCAUAGGCCUGUCUUCUCAGGACAGCCUCAGGUUAGACAAAUGACACUGCUGAUUUGUACGUGUGGGGUGAAAUCAGACUACCAGACUUUCCAAGAAAGUUGUGUACACUGUGUGUUGGAGCUUAACAUGUGCCAAGUUUUACAUCAUGUGGGCUGACUCUGACCCCCUCUUCAGGGAUAACCUUCUGGCAAAAAUCUUUCGCAGAAGGCGGCAGCAGCCCCAACUGAUUUCUAGAAACUGAUUUCUAUUUAACGGUGCUUAUCAGUACUAACAAAGUACUACAUUAAUGUGAAAUGUUAACAUAUGCUUA